GUUACUGGUUACAUUUGAAUUUUUGAAAUUGUGAAUACCGGAAUAAUACAUUUUACUGGUGGUGGUGAGAACUGAUGACUCAAUAAUAUUUACAAUUUUUUAACGAUAUCAGUUUGUUGGGUUCGAAAGAAAGCCAAGUACAUAUUUCUCUAACAAUGAAUAAUUCCGUAAUUUUUAAUAAAUCAGAAUUAGCAGGUGAAAAAUUGAAUGAAGCUUAUGUACUUCUCAAAAAACGAUACGAUACCCUUUUUUACAAUUUAAAUGCUAAAAAGCAAGAUUUGGCUGAUAUAAGAAGAAGUUAUCAAACCGCACUCGGAGUAGAAAGUCAACUGAAUGCUGAUCUAGAAACUUACCACAUAGAAGAAGAAAAACGUAAAAAAGAACUGCUGUCUCGCGUAGCAAUUCUUCAGGAAAAAAAAGCGUCGUUGAAAUUGGAAUCUGCAGAAGUAAACGAACAAAACAACGUUGAAAUUAAAAAAUUAGAACAAGAAAAUUCUCUUCUCAGGGAAGAUAAACCUGUAGCAUUUUAUCAAUUACCGAAAUGUGAUACCAAGGAAAUUGAUGAAAUUCGUAACAAAUUGUCCUCUGCAACAACUGAUUCAGUAGUAGCUAAAGCUACACUUGAAGAAUCCAAAUGCGAAAUUUCUUCAUGGCAAUCAAAGAUUGAAGAAUUAGUUUUAGAAAUAACUGAAUUACGUGCAGGCACUGAUAUAUGUCGAGAGGAAAAGCAUGAAGCUAAAGAGAGAGAAGCUUUUGCCUUAGCUGAACUUGCAGCAGCCAAGGCGAUGCUUCAUCAAGUUCAUUCUAUUGAUCUAGAGCCCCAUGCCACAAAAGGAAAUUCUGUAUUUGCAGAAGUUGAAGACAAAAGACAGGAUAUGGCUAAAAAUCUUAUUCAAAUGAAACAAACAAAUGCAAGACUUCGCCGGGAUUUAGCUAAUAAACAAGCAGAGGCAGAAGCUCUUAUUCAUGAGAAGCAAACAAUUUGGAUCCAACAAGCUGGUGCUACCUCUGAAUAUGAUCGAGAACUUAUUGAAAGCUAUGAAGAUCGAAUUGCUAAGCUGGAAGCAAAAUGUGAAAAUCAGUGGAGUGAAAUAAAUCAAGGUUUAUCUAAACUGUGUGAAUUCUCAUAUUGGCAACCUGGAAUUAUUGUCCAUUUAAAAACAGAUCGGGAACAACUUCGCGCUAAUGUAUUAGCUAAAGGGGCUGCACAGUUAGCCAAUGCCGCGCAAAUCCGUGAACUGCGCAGAAUGGUGACCCUACAUACCAUAGAUACAAAUAAACAAUCAUCUCAACUGGAUUGGACUGACAAAAUUAUAAAUUGCACAGAUCGGCAAUACUCAAAAAGUGACAUGAAAAAAAUAAAAUGAUGAUUAUUAGGUUUCAAUAAAUUGAAUGAGCCCAUGACCUAAAGCUGGCCAAAUGUAUACUCAUUUGUUGAAACAAUAUUUUUUAUUUCAUCUUAACAUAAAGUAAUAAACUGUUAUGUGGUUACAUAUAAAGAAGUGUGCACACUUCUUUAUUCUACUUCUUACAAUAUGUAAUUUUAAAGGCAAUUGACAAUCUAGUACUCUUAUAUUGCCUUGAUAUUCCCAUGAGAGAGGAUCUGAGUGUCAAGGAAGACAUAAUUUUCAUUUAUUUUCUGUUGUGAACAAGUUUUAUAUUCUUUCUCUUAUUUUGAGAGUAAGUCCAGAAGCAAAAAAUAUAAAGAAAUGAGAUAGAAUAGAAUUUUCUAAGCGGAGAUAAUGAAUUCUUAUUCUAAAACGUUAUUAUGGUUUAUGUGUCUGUUUUAUGAACCUAAUAAAAUGCAUGAAGGUAGAUAAGUUAAAAAAAGUAGAAUGUAGGAGUAUAAAUGUAUUCAAGUACUUUAUUGUAAUAAUGAUAGGUACAGUUGCUCAAUAAUUAUUUUUUAAAAGUUUCAAUAUUUUCUAAAUCUUUCGAGGGCUGAGAGUAAUUUUAUUCCGGUGAUUGGAUAGAAUCUUUAGGGAUGAUUAACAUGUAGUUAUUAAGAUGUGUUAAAAUAAAACGAUUGUUUGUAGAGAAGUGGUGAAGAUGGAAUGAAAUUUUAUUUUCAAAACUGUACAUGUAUACGAAAAAUCAGCCUAAAAUUAAUAUAUGUAAUGGUCUAUGACCGGCUGCAGGAUUACUUUGCUCAUCGGUUAUUUGCUAAAUAUAACAUUUUUAUGUAUAUUUAUAAUUAGGAGAACGUAUAUCUACCAAGUUGCCUGUCAAAAUUUGGCCGCUAGUAUUUUUAGUGAAAUUAUUUUGAAUUGAUUUUUGGGAAAGCAUUUCGUUCACUUGUUAUUUAAAUAUCGUUAACAUGACGGCAAUAUACAUAAAGAGUUUAAAAAAUCACGAGUGCCGUUGAUCUAAUGGCCGCAAUUUUUCGCAGCCAGGUGUAAACAGGUAUGAUUUCGAUACAUUUUUACGUUCAUAAAGUACAUUUAUAAUUAUAUAUCAAUUUAAAGCUAAUUUUUUUAUAUAUUAAUAAUCGUAAAAGGGUUACCUGCAGUUAAAGAUGAUAAAUAUUACGAGUGGGUAUAUAUUUUCAAGAAAAUUCCCAAAUAAUUUCCCGAAACCAUCCACUUAUCCAACCAACCAUCAGCUCUUAUUUCCUGCACGAAAUUCCCAGUCAUUAUCUAAUGAAUGCCUCAGUACGAAUGCAUCGCGUUAUCUACUUUUCUACAUUUACUAACCCAACCUUUGGCUCUAAAAGAAAAAUAAUAAAACUUUAUUUAACCUAACCUAACGUACGGGUGUAAACAAAUUACAAUAAAUAAGUAUAUCUAACCUAAAUUAACACCACUACCUAUAAUAUUAGUAGAUGUAAGGGUUACAUGGUAAAAUAAAACAUUUUUAUUCCAG